UGGUAUCCAUGGGAGCAUCUGUGGGAGCAGUAACAAAACAGACCCUGUUCCCUCCUCUCAUGCCUGCAGGGCGACCUUUCCGUGUGUCGAAUGCCUCCCGAAGCAGCCGGAAAGGAAUUGUUGCAAGCAGUCUGCAAGAGCUCAUCAGCAAGACUUUAGAUGCUUUCCUUAUAUCUGCUGGAAUAGUUACUCUGGUUUUGGAGGAAGAUGGCACGGUUGUGGACACAGAAGAGUUCUUCAAGUCCCUGGAUGAUAACGUACACUUCAUGGUUCUAGAAAAUGGACAGAAAUGGACACAAACAAGAAAUGGAGUCACUGCUGUGAGACAAAAGAAGAAAAGGGGAGUAGCUAACAUCACAUUUGAUCUGUACAAGGUGAACCCUAAGGAUUUUAUUGGCUGCUUAAACAUCAAGGCAACCUUCUAUGAGAUCUACUCUGUCUCAUAUGACAUCAAAUGUAUGGGAGCAAAAAGUGUAUUGCGGAAGGUGCUUCAGCUAAUGUCCCAUGCAGCACAAAUAACUGGACAGUUUCUUCUCUAUACUGGAACGUAUAUGUUGCAGUUGAUGGGUGAAUAUGAUGAAGAUGGCACGUGUACAAGAUCAAGGCGGGAGUAGUGAACACAGAUGCACUUUUGAUAUUGGAUCCUUUUGCUUAAAGAUAUUCUCUUGCCCCAUUUUGAUUGUAAUGAUGUUAUAGUAGGGGAUGUCCACUGAUGUGAACUAACAUUUUUCCCAUUUGGGAAUGCUUGUAGGCCUUAGUCAUAAAAUAAGCGUUUGGUGUUCACAGGCUCUUAACGCAGCAAAAGGAUGGGUGCCUAAUGUCUGAGAAUUUGGCAAAAGGAGAGAGGGCAAUUUUUUGCCCCAGCAACUCAAAAUGGAGAAUAAGUAUACUUGGAAACUUGCAUGCUUUGUAACCAGUGGGGUAUUUCUUGCACCGAUCAAAACGUAGUUUGGUUGGGUUUUUUAAUGGCUGUCUACUUGCCUUCUGAACAGACUGGUCUGUAAGGUGGGGGUGGGGGAGCUGUGGUUUUUUGGUUUUUAAUCCUUAACAGUGCUGGUAUUAGUGUCCAACUGGCAUUGAGGUACAAAAUGGUGAAGUGUAGUUAUUUACUUCUGCUACCAAUGGAAAUACACACACAAUACAACUGAAUCCUGGUUCAGUGACUGACCACUCUCAUGAAGUCUAAUUGGAGAAAGUGCAACUACUAAGCAGAAGCUUAAAAUUUAGCCUUACUUCCCUUAAAACAAGUGAAAACAUUUCAUUUUAACUCUUUAUAUUUUUCUUCAAAUCUACAGAAAGUUCAGGUUAGUAUAGCUCAUACCAGUUGAAGAAACUGAUAUUUCUUUGAUGGUUCUGAUGUCCAGUUCUGCCUGAAGUAUUGAAUAAUUUGCCAUAGUUUCAUGACCAUGGCUUACAAGCAACCUGCUGAAGCUUCCUUCAGGGGUGUUAAACCAUCACUAAUGUAGUUUUUACCGUUCAGUUGCAAGAUGACACUACAUCCCAAGCUGUACUUCAGGUACAUGCAGCAUGGAUCUGUAAGACAUGCUGGAUUUUGAUGCCCCUGUGUUCAGGGGAGAGCAGCAGGACACUAUCCGGUCUUGUGUAACAUACAUAUGCUCUAAACUGGAUAUUUGCGGUUUUAUAGUCUCCCAAGACAAGCUGUAUUAAAGGGCAAAGUUUUUAAUCCUUAGGUAGAAUUGUCCAGAAUGUUUUCUACAGUUUAGUGAACUGCUAGGAUGACCAGCUUUCAGCAAGCUUUUCCUCAACAGUGUAGAAAACUGGAAAGCGAGCAGUGUCGGGCAUCUUGUGUCAAAAUACAGAAUCCCAUUGCUGAAGAGAAAAGCCCAACUUUGGUUGUUCAUAGGUGUGGCUUUUGAGGCUUUCAUUUGCUUGCUCAUGAGGAAUUUUAGUAAGUUAUAUUCUUAACAGCUUUCAGUCUUAAGUAAGGAGACAGCAGAUACAGGUAAUGUAUCUGACCUGAUGGCAGGUGCCACCUAGGAGGAGAAGCUCUGGUGACAGAGUGAACAAGUGGGGCAGGGGAAAGAAAGCAGUGGGAGCAAAAGGGAAAAGGACCAAUGUGGAACCCCCAGUGCUUGCCAUGCCUCUGCUGAGAGAGGAAUCCGUUAACUAUGUGCAUCAACUGCACUGGUUAGUUGGAGGAAAACCUAAGCAGGCGGACUGAAAAGGCCGAGCAGCGUGGUUGGUGGGAUCCAUUCUGACCUGUCAGCUGGAUCUGUUCGCUUCAAAUGUCACUAAUACGUGGGAAUAUUGGUCUUGCUUUAAUCUGCAAAUUUCACCUUCAUAUGCUUAUUAUUGCCUUCCCUUUAUGGAUGUGACUUAGCCAGCUGAAGCUGCACCUUUCAAAUCACUGUUGUGAUGAAAAGCAGCCUAAAUCCAAGUGUUAAAGGGACUGAUGGACACAAGCUCACUAGGUCUCUGCCUGUCUCUUCAGUAAAGGUAUUACAAAUAAGUAGAUAGCUAAGAAAAACCUUGUUUUUCUCCUGAUUUCUGUUGUUUCCCACUUACUUCUGAGCGUUUGCUGGAGUCGGGGAGGGCACACAGCUCUGGGCAAGGGGCGAACUGGUUCUUUCCUAAUUUCUCCCAGGGAAGAAUGCCUGUAACUUGCAGCACUGUCAGGUUUCCUUCAGAAGAAAACAGUAAACUGUUCUGUGAGUAAUGCAAAAGAGGUUAUGUUAAAAUGGAAGCUUUACACUUCAGCUGUAUUGUUUUUACCACCCCACCCCAAGUGAUUGUUGCCAUGAUAACUGUUGGCCAAAGUCUUUCUAUCCCUAUCAAGGAAUUGCAUUUAACUGAGGCAGUGCAAGGACUUUGUCAUUAAUUCUUUUGGCUUUUAAGGACCACUUAUUCUAUUAAAACAAGCACAUCUGUAGAAAGCAAACUCUAUCUAGCGUUCCUAAGAAUAUUUAUGUUGAUAAUGGUGGGAGCACCAACAUUAAAAAAAAAAAAACAACUUGCAUAGUUCAAUAUUGCAUUAAUUUGUGUGAAAUGCCUCUUCAACAUCUGUAAUAAAAAAGCUUUUGCAAGUCUGAACUGUGCAGAUAUCAAAUUCCAGCCUUCUAUAGCCAGAGGCAAUUGUUACAGAAGUAACACUGCGUAGUUUCCAAUGGUACUAUCUUAGAACUUAACGUGAUCUAAAAGGCUAACUCAGUAUGAAUUUGCAAUGUUUUUAGGCAGCUGCUUCUUGGCAGCUGAACACUUGAGCUGCUGAAGGUCAUGUGAGCUGCAAAGUCUCCAUCUUGGAGCAUCUCCCUCCUCUAAUUCAAAAUGCAAACAGCUGAACAAAGUAACUUGCUUUGAUAUUUCUCUCAAAAUGGAGUGUCUUGCAAUGUUAUAAGUGUCUGAAAUUUUCAUUGCCUCUGAAUCUGGGUUUUGCCACAGGCUUAGUAUUUGGGGAACAAUAUUUGCUACUGUACCAACUUCUUUCCAGUGAUAAAGUUUUGGCUUUGGGUCAAACUGGAGGAGUUUGUAAUUCUCUGAGUUGGAGUCAGUUUGAUUUCCCCCCCCCGACUGCUUAGGAGGCAUAGCUUUUACUUCAGCUGUAUGUGGUACACGGCAAAGAACAACUUCAUCAUUAUCUAGCUUUCAGAAAAUUAUACACAAGUGGUGUAUGAUAUCUAGCAAGAGACAGAAAAACUAAAAGCACAGGCUCUUAACUGCAGGUAUGUAGAGAAGAAGCUAGCUUUUCUACUUGACACUUUUAGAUUUGAUUUUUCUUUCCAUAAACUCAUUAAUCUGCACUUGUUACUGUUGCAGUCAAGGCUGGUAGCACUGACAUGUUGAAGCUGUGAAACGUGUUUACUGCCUCCUUGCUUGCUGCACUGGCUCUUUUUGCCUGUUGCUUUGCAUCACUUACUAACAAUGCACCAAGUCAUACUCUCUAGUUACCAAAAAAGGAAUUUUCGCUGAAGUACUCAAUCUUGUUGACUCAGGCACUGUUCACGUUCUGCAGGCAAAACAAAGUUGCUCUCUUCAUGACUAGAAUGAAGGAUCCAGUAGCUUUUUGUGUGUGUGUAAUUUAUCAUUACUUCAUUUCCUUCCUUUCAUAAACCCAUGAAGCUGUUGCUUUCUUGCACCUUCCUAGUCAUUCAGGAGAAAUAGGAUUACAAGUUGUUCUGUCCAGGGGGAAAAGAAGAGGCAGGGUCUAAAUUCCUUAGACCGUUUGGAAUAUGUUCUAGGAAACAUCCUGAACCCCUUCCCUACAGAGAAGGGAAGGGUAAAGAAAAGAAAAUAGGACUUUGGGCUGGAAGUUUUUUCAAUACAGUGAGUAGAGAGGUAGGUAUUCACAAUUUAGGAAAAGUUGGUAAUUCUGAAUAUUAACUGUGAAGAUAACUACAUAUGAUCAUUUGUACCUGACUAGAAUUACAACUCUAAAUCACUUCAGUAUGCUUCUUCCUGAGAUAGCACUUGAACUAAAGGCACAAGCUUCUUUAAUUAAAAACAAAAGAAAGUUUAAAACCAAAGUACAUUUUUUACUUGAUGCCUCAAGUUUUACUGGAGGUAUUAAUGUGAUUAACAUACCACUUCAGUUACAUAUUAGUAAGUAUCCUUGUGGGGUUUAGCGUUUAUCACUGCUUUCUCUACCUUACCUUGUCAUAUAUGCAGUUAAGAUAUUUAUUAACAUGAGCAUUGCUGUUUUGCUAAGGGGAAAAAGAUAGUAUUUUACCACUUCACAGCUUUCAAGCUCAGUAGUUUAACUUGCUAUGAAAAUUGAGAUGGGUGAGAAUUAUGUGUCAGUGAUGGCAAUAUUUUCUGAUGGUGGUGCCAAUUUUAAGGAACACUGCCCGUGAAUAAAUAAAUUCAAACGGUG